AUGUACUCGGGAACUGAGGCAGUGGCAAUCACUGGCGGAGAGUCUCGAAACCCCAAGAGGGACAUCCCCAAGGCGCUAAAGCAGACCUUCUGGCGCAUCCUGAUCGUAUACGUUGGCAUGAUCUUCUUCACCGGCCUAAUUGUGCCCUACAACUCGGAAGGAUUAUUGAACGCCGCAUCCAAGUCGGCGUCGUCCCCCUUCACUGUCGCCCUGAACCAAGCGGGCUGGGCGGGCGCCGGCAACCUGAUCAAUGCAAUCAUCAUCAUCACGCUGCUCUCUUCGAUCAAUUCCGCCAUCUACAUUGCCAGUCGCACCAUCUAUGCUCAGGCCAAGGCUAGACGGGCCCCGCGGUUCCUUGCCAAGGCGACUUCCAACGGUGUCCCGGUCAACGCCAUCGUCUUCACCAACCUUUUCGGCCUCAUCUCGCUGCUCAAUAUCUCGGAGAAUGCUGGCAAUGCAUUUAUCGGGUUGACUCACAUGCGCUUCCGCGCCGCCGUGAAAGCCCAGGGCAUGCCCCUCUCCUCUCUUCCAUUCAAGGCCUUGGGGUACCCCUAUGUCCCCUGGACACUUUUCGGAGCCAACAUUUUCCUCGUCAUAAUCUCCGGGUACACCACGCUCCUGACACCCUUUGACCUCAAGGCUUUCAUCUUCGCUUACCUAGUUAUCCCCAUCUUCAUUGCCCUAUACGCCGGGUGGAAGCUCUGGCACAAAACGAAAUGGGUUAACCCUGCCGAAGCUGACAUCACGAGCGGCCGGAGAGAGUGGUUGGGCGGUACAGACGAAGAAACAGCUCACAAGGGCAUUUUUGCUAAGGUUAAGAAUGUACUUGUUGGCUGA